UAUUUCUCUCAUACACACAAUUCAAAAGUGGUUAGGAGACUUGGUCUGAAGAAACUUUUCUAUGGUUGGAAGAAUCCCUCUUUUAUUUCAAGUUAUAUAGCACAAUUUUGUAGUACAAGAACUCCAACUAAAACCUUCUCUUUCUUAUUCGUUAAACCUUCAUUUAUUCAUUUAAUUUCUUCAUAACUUAGUACUAUAGUUUUAGCAUGUACAAAUCCCAAAUGCAAAAUUCGGAGAAUAAUCAGCACCAACACCACCACCACCACUCCGACACUGAGAUUGUCGGGGGCAACGACAGAACCUCGUACAGCGGCCCACUAAGUGGGCCGCUGAGCAAGAGGCCGGCCGGGAGGAAGAGCGCCCGGUUCAACAUUCCGGGCGAGACCUCCUCCGGGCCCGUGUCGGCCAACUCCGGCGAUGACUACGUGGAGAUCACCCUCGACGUGAGGGAGGACUCGGUGGCGGUGCACAGCGUGAAGGCGGCCGGCGGCGGGGAGGUGGAGGAUCCGGAGCUGGCUCUGCUGGCCCGCGGCCUAGAGAAGAGGUCCUCAUUCGGAUCCUCCGUCGUCAGAAACGCUUCCUCGAGAAUCCGGCAGGUUUCGCAGGAGCUCAAGCGCCUCGCCUCCCUCACGCGCCGACCCCAGCCGGUGGGGAGGUUCGACCGGACCAAGUCCGCCGCCGCGCAUGCGCUCAAGGGGCUCAAGUUCAUCAGCAAGACCGACGGCGCCGCCGCCUGGGCCGGGGUGGAGAAGCGCUUCGAUGAGAUCACCAAAGAAACCAACGGCUUGCUCCCACGCGCGCGUUUUGGCGAAUGCAUAGGGAUGAACAAAGAGUCUAAGGACUUCGCCGGCGAGCUGUUCGACGCGCUAGCGCGGCGGAGGAACAUCGGCGGCGGUUCCGUCAACAAGGCGCAGCUGAAGGAAUUCUGGGACCAAGUUGCUGAUCAAAGCUUCGAUUCACGACUUCAAACUUUCUUCGACAUGGUUGAUAAAGAUGCCGAUGGCAGAAUCACAGAGGAGGAAGUCAGAGAGAUUAUUACACUAAGCGCCUCCGCCAACAAGCUGUCGAAUAUUCAGAAGCAAGCCGAUGAAUACGCAAGAUUGAUCAUGGAAGAAUUGGACCCAAACGACCUAGGAUAUAUCAUGAUAGAGAAUUUGGAGAUGCUGCUGCUGCAAGGGCCGAGCCAAUCGGUUCGAGGCGAGCGCGAGAGCCGGAAUCUGAGCAAGAUGCUGAGUGAGAAACUCAAGGCAAGUGAGGAUGAGGUGAUCAAGAGGUGGUACAGAGAUAGUCGCUACUUUUUGCUGGAUAACUGGCAGAGAGUUUGGGUGAUGUUGUUGUGGAUGGGAGUUAUGGCUGCCCUAUUCACUUACAAAUACAUCCAAUACAAGAACAGAGAGGUCUUCGAGGUGAUGGGCCACUGCGUGUGCAUGGCCAAGGGCGCCGCCGAGACGCUGAAGCUCAACAUGGCGCUCAUCCUCCUCCCCGUUUGCCGCAACACCAUCACGUGGCUCCGCAACAAGACCAAGCUCGGCGCCGCCGUCCCCUUCGACGACAACCUCAACUUCCACAAGGUGAUCGCCGUGGCCAUCGGAGUGGGGGUCGGCAUACACGGGAUAAGCCAUCUGGCGUGCGACUUCCCCCGGCUGAUGAGCGCCACGGCCGACGAGUACGAGGACAACGACAUGGAGCACUUCUUCGGGCCGCAGCCCACCAGCUACUGGUUCUUCAUCAAAGGCUGGGAAGGAGUGACCGGGAUUGUGAUGGUGGUGCUCAUGGCAAUAGCCUUCACGCUUGCAACGCCGUGGUUUAGGAGGGGGAGGAUUAGCCUGCCUAAGCCGUUCAAUAAGCUCACCGGCUUCAAUGCCUUUUGGUAUUCCCACCACCUGUUUGUCAUCGUCUAUGCUUCCCUCAUUAUCCAUGGCGUCAAGCUCUACUUGACCGAUAAAUGGUACAAGAAAACGACGUGGAUGUAUUUGGCCGUUCCGAUCACGCUCUACGCAUGCGAAAGAUUGAUUAGGGCGUUUAGGUCGAGCAUCAAGGCCGUCAAGAUCUUAAAGGUGGCUGUGUACCCCGGGAAUGUGCUAACGCUUCACAUGUCUAAGCCGCAAGGAUUCAAAUACAAAAGUGGGCAAUACAUUUUCGUCAAUUGUGCAGCUGUUUCUCCAUUUGAAUGGCACCCCUUUUCGAUCACUUCAGCACCCAGAGACGAUUAUGUGAGUGUUCACAUUAGAACACUUGGUGAUUGGACCAGGCAAUUGAAAGCUGUGUUCUCUGAGGUUUGUCAGCCUCCGCCUACCGGAAAAAGUGGACUCCUUCGUGCUGACUAUUUGCAAGGAGAGAAUAAUCCAAACUUUCCUAGAGUGUUGAUCGACGGUCCGUAUGGCGCACCAACUCAAGACUACAAGAGCUACGACGUUGUGUUGCUGGUUGGGCUGGGCAUAGGCGCGACGCCCAUGAUCAGCGUGGUCAAGGACAUCGUCAACAACAUGAAAGCAAAGGAUGAGGAAGCGAAUGCAAUGGAGGAAGGGAGCGUGGGCCCCAGCCCCCUCGCCACGCCCAAGCGAAGCUCGGGGUCGGGGAGCGGGCGGCACAGCUUCAAGACGCAGAGGGCCUACUUCUAUUGGGUGACCCGCGAGCAGGGCUCCUUCGAUUGGUUCAAGGGCGUGAUGAACGAGGUGGGCGAGAUGGACCACAAGGGAGUCAUCGAGAUGCACAACUACUGCACCAGUGUCUAUGAGGAGGGCGACGCACGCUCUGCCCUCAUCACCAUGUUGCAGUCCCUCAACCACGCCAAGAACGGGGUCGACGUCGUCUCAGGCACGCGCGUCAAGUCCCACUUCGCCAAGCCUAACUGGCGUACCGUCUACAAGCGCAUCGCGCUCAAUCAUCCUAAUAGUAGAGUUGGUGAGCUUCUAAUUUUCUUAAAAAAUAUUGACCUAGUAGUAAAUUGCUUAAUACAUGAGGUUAAAAGUUUAAAAUUUAAAUUCAUCGUGACGUGUUUUUUAAUUUACUGUUAGUUUCAAUUGGGAAAAAAAAUGACUCCAUAGCUAUAGGCCUAGUGCAACUUUUGCUACGUGUGAGAUUUCAAUUAUAGAUAUUUCAUUUUCAAUAUUGAUCUUAUGGAAUAAUUGUGGGGGUUGAUAUUUGCAGGGGUGUUUUACUGUGGGGCACCACCACCUGUGAAGGAGCUAAGACAGCUUGCUUCUGAUUUCUCUCAUAAGACCAACACCAAGUUUGAGUUCCACAAAGAGAACUUUUGAGUUUCGGACAAAGAAGGAAGAAAUAGAUUUUUAUUUUUUAUUUUUUUUAAUUUCUUGGAUUGAUCAAAGAGCUCCUUUGGAUAAUUCCAAUCCCUCCAAAAUAUCUCUCAAUAUAGAGAGAGAUUGCUAAUCAGUUAUCAUGGAGAUGGACAGGACCACCACCCCACCAUCACCACUUUCUGAAAAAAUUUCAGAUAUUUUAGUUUUAUAAUCACGUAUAUUUAUUUAUUUAUUUAGUUUGGGAAGUGUAGAUCUAGAUAUAUUCAUAGAUAGUUGAUGGUUAGAAGUGACGCCAUCAAGAAUCAUGUCUGCAUCAGCGUGAGAAGGUGGUUGAAUUUGGUUCCAAGUCUUAAUAUGUACAUUUUGUUACAAGAUAAUAAUGGCUUCAAUUAGUGGGAGGGUGGAAUGAUUCUCUUUUUGACCCACCAACCCCCUAAUUAUGGAUUUUGAUUGACCCUA